AAGUCGAACGUCAUCCAAAAAAAAAAGAAGUUUAGCCGGACGAAGCUGAAUGAAGAAAGGAAAAUCUGCAAUAAAAUCGUUCAAAUUCGGUGUUAAAUAGUGUUCAAUCGGUUUCAAAUUAGGCAAUAAGUGAGCGCGAGUCUCGAAUUUACCUCGUCAAAUAAUUUUCGUCCGCCGCAGACGAGCGGAAACGGUGAAAAAAGCUGCAGGGCUCUGUAAGUUUGCACAAUCGGAAGGCAUCGUGGCCAAGGAUUCCAUUAUCUGCUGACCCAAGAGAGAGCGAGGCCCUCAUCAAGUGAGAGAUGUCCCAUACGAUUCUGCUGGUGCAGCCGGGGCGCAAUCCGGAAACCCGGACCUACAGCGACUACGAGAGCGUCAACGAGUGCAUGGAGGGCGUGUGCAAGAUCUACGAGGAGCACCUGAAGCGGCGCAAUCCGAACACACCGACCAUCACGUACGACAUCAGCCAGCUGUUCGAUUUCGUGGAUCAGUUAGCGGAUCUGAGCUGCCUCGUGUACCAAAAGUCCACCAACACGUACGCCCCGUACAACAAGGAGUGGAUCAAGGAGAAGAUAUACGUCCUGCUGCGACAAGCCGCGGGGACCACCGAUUAGAAGAGCGAGCCCCAUUGGGAAGUGCUUCCCAAUCUCCCUCCGCAAAACCUUCACUACUCUGCAGUGAAUUCUCCCCGGGGGACGUAAAACCUUCUAAUAAUCUUACUAGUGGUACUUCUUACGUAUUCAUUUCCCUAUUCCCCCCUUUCUCAUGAAAUGUGCUAUUUCUACGUCAUGUGUCCAUGAACAAAAUAAAACGCUAUUUUAACUGUAAAAAAUAGAACCUACGACUCACGAAUUGGACCCCUUUCUACCGCCUAAGUUACUGAAAAGGCAAAAUGUUGAAUUUCAAAAAAUAAAAGCAACACCUUGCUAAGAAUUCAGUUAGGACUCGACGACGGACUAAAACGAAGACAGACGACAGCUUCCGUCUCUUCAGCCUCUAGGAGAGACGGACAGAAGAAGACGAAAGAGAAAAGAUGAAGAAGGAACAGGAGAAUGGAAUUCUGUGUAUUUAAUUUACUAUUUUAUUUUAUAAUAUUUUUGCUGACCGAUGAUGCAGGAGAAGAAGAAGAACAAGAGGAAAUGUUCAAGUGAACAUAAUUAUAAUGGUAAUUAAAAGAAAUAAUAAAAAAGAACGGUGAUCAAAAAGUCAA